GCCUCGGAGUCAACGGCUCAAGGCUGGCUCAACUCGGAGUCAGAGACAGAAAAACUGACCUCCCAUUCCUGGGCUGGAAGCUUUCCCUUUACAUCUGCAGCUGUCACCUUUAAGUCUUUUGUAGCAAAGACACAUUUAUUCCCGAAAAGGUUUUUCCACCUUCCGAAGUCUCCAGAAGCCUUGAGUCCGUGACGCUCCGGCAGCAUGGAACGCUUGGACCUGCUGGGGUUCCUUCUCAUCACCUUCAACUGCAACGUGACCAUUGUGGGGAAGAUCUGGCUCAUCUUCGCGAUCCUGCUGCGGAUGGUGGUGCUGCUGUCGGCGGGCGCCCCGGUGUACCAGGACGAGCAGGAGCGCUUCGUGUGCAACACGCUGCAGCCGGGAUGCGCCAACGUGUGCUACGACGCUUUCUCCCCGGUGUCGCAGCUGCGGUUCUGGCUGCUGCAGAGCCUGGCCGCCCUCCUCCCCUCCGCGCUCUUCUGCGCCUACGUGCUGCACCGGGGCGCCGCGCUGGCCGCCCGCGGGCUGGGGCUCGGCGGCCGGGACGCCGGGGGCCCGCGCGACCUGCCGGUGCCGGACUUGUCCCGCGGCUACGUGGUCCACCUGUCGCUGCGCGUGCUGACCGAAGCGGCUUUCGGCGCCUCGCACUACCUGCUCUUCGGGCUCGCGGUCCCAGCCAGGGUCCCGUGCGCGCAGCCGCCCUGCAGCGGCGUGGUGGACUGCUACGUGUCCCGGCCCACCGAGAAGGCCCUGCUGGCGCUGCUCAUGGGCGCGGCCAGCGCGCUCUCGCUGCUGCUCAGCGCCGCCGACCUCCUGUGCAGCGUGCGCGGGCGCGAGCCGGGGCUGCGGGCGGGUCUUUUUCGGGCCCUCCGAGGGUUUCGCUUGGGGGGGCCCGACGCUACAGCCUCACCUCGGCUCCGCUUUCCUCGACCCUCGCCGCCGCCUUUGGCCUUGGAGUCCUUGGCGGCUGCUGACCACGCGUCCCCCGCUCGCUCCCCUUUUGCCCUCCCCCCCGCUGCCCUCUCCCUCGCGCGGCAAAGUCGGAGUGGGUGUGAGGACCGCGUGGACGCGGGCGCCCGGAGACGCCGACGCGCUGGGGCCGGGCGCGCGGGGCGACCCCACGGAGCGGCCCCGGGAGCAGUGGCGCUGGGGGCGCGCGACCCGUCGGACACAGACCUGGCCCAGAGGGCUUCCCCGGACGAACCUGUGCUUUGGGCACGGCGGCCGGGAGCCCGGAGACUGCGAGGACGCCCCGCGGGCCCCGGACCUGGGGUGCGCCGUGCGGCGUCCGCGGGGCCCGGGGGCGAGUCGCCACGGGGGGCUUUGGCCUGGGGGUGCCCUCCCGCGUGUCGUCAGUGGAGGGGCGCCCGCUUCACCCCGCCCCUGCCCCUCAUGAAGUCGAUGGUGACUGAGUUGUCGCGUCACACCGCGCACCUCACAGCGUCGUAG